CAUCCCCAUCACCCCACGCAACUCAAGAAGUCCCUGACUUGAUUCGACCUACCAAAAAGCAAAAUGACCAUCUCUUCGACCUUCACUCUCCUCGACGGAAAGAAGAUCCCCGUUAUUGGAUGGGGAAAUGGAAGUGGUAACGCUCGUACGACGGCAGUUGUUUCUGGAGAGAUCGCGUUGAGGGGCGGUUUGAGGCAUAUCGAUACGGCUCAGGGUUACGGAAAUGAGAAGGAGACGGGCCUUGCGAUUACGAACGCUGGUUUCUCCAAAGCCGACAUCUGGGUCACUUCAAAGCUUUCUCAAAUCAACGAUUCCGACCCUAUCCCACUCGCCGACGUUCGUUCCUCUGUCCAAGAAACGAUCGCUCGUCUCGGGUUCCAGCCAGAUUUGCUGCUUGUGCACAACCCUUUCGUUGCUGAGCCGGGCAAGCUUGUCGAGUUCUGGCAGAUCCUCGAGGACCUGAAAGACAAAGGCGAACUUACCUCGUCUAUCGGCGUCUCGAACUUCCGUCCCCAGGAUCUCGAGGCGGUGUUGAAGGUUGCGAAAUACAAGCCAGUCGUGAACCAACUCGAAUACCAUCCCUUCGUCCUCUCUCACCUCGCCCCCGUUCUCGCCAUCCAAUCUGCCCACGGCAUCAUCACCGAAGCCUACGGCCCUCUCACUCCCGUCCUGCGUCAUCCCUCGAAGGGCGGGCCUCUCAAGCCUAUCUUGGCCAGGAUCGCCGAGAGGUUGACGAAAGAAUACGGCAAACCCAUCACCGAACACGAAGUCCUCCUCCUCUGGACGAUCGGCUCCGGCGCCGUGGCCGUCAGCGCAUCGGGCAACGAGAAGAACAUUAAGAAGUUGGGAGAAGUGUUUAGUGCUGGAAUGCCAGCACUUACGGAGGCGGAGGUGAAGGAGAUCGCGGAAGUUGGGAAGAAGAUUCAUUUUAGGCAUUAUACGGAGCAUAUGGAAGUAGAGUUCCCGACUCCUAACUUGCCCGUGGAUUUGUAAGACGUUGUCGUUCAAGAGCUACUGCAUAGGGUUGAGCGAUAAGGUUGUAGGAUAAGAAGAGUGUCGGAAGGGGUGUAGGCCAAGAAAGACUAGUAUAAGAAGGAAUCAAUAUGUAUAAGCUUGUAGGCUUGUUUUUAUGCUUAACGUGCCGUUAUCG